GAAGUCGUGUGUUGUUACCCAAGCCUACUACUUUCAAGUCGCGAUGUGCGACUGUAGAUGCAAAAUACAGUACUUUAUGUAUAGAUCUCCAAGAGCCAAAGGAUGGCUUUGGUGAGAAGCAGCCGGGGGUUCCGCCCAGGUCGUGGUAAAAGGAGAAUUUAAGCAACCGGAGACGAGAGGCGCUGCGGGGAGGCCGUUUGACGCUCGUUCUUCGCGAACGUGCGCUGCCUCGUUUCCUUCCGGGCCAACUUGAACCUCUGCAGCUCCCGUAGGCCGUGAGUCAGAAGGGCCGGUCAACAUGGAAGUGAAUCCCCCGAAACAGGAGCACCUGCUGGCGCUGAAAGUGAUGCGACUGACAAAGCCUACUUUAUUCACCAACAUUCCAGUGACAUGUGAAGAAAAAGACUUACCGGGUGAUCUCUUUAACCAACUAAUGAGAGAUGAUCCUUCAACUGUAAAUGGUGCAGAAAUCCUAAUGUUGGGAGAAAUGUUGACUUUACCACAGAAUUUUGGGAAUAUAUUUCUGGGAGAGACCUUUUCCAGUUACAUCAGUGUCCAUAACGAUAGCAAUCAAGUGGUAAAAGAUAUCCUGGUAAAGGCUGAUCUUCAGACCAGUUCUCAGCGUUUGAAUCUUUCAGCCUCGAAUGCCGCAGUGGCUGAGCUGAAACCCGAUUGUUGUAUCGAUGAUGUCAUACACCAUGAAGUAAAAGAAAUCGGAACCCACAUCUUGGUGUGCGCUGUGAGUUACACAACUCAGGGUGGAGAAAAAAUGUAUUUUAGGAAGUUCUUCAAAUUUCAGGUUCUCAAACCACUGGAUGUGAAAACUAAAUUCUACAAUGCAGAGAGUGACCUCAGUUCUGUGACUGAUGAAGUGUUCCUGGAAGCCCAGAUUCAGAAUAUUACAACUUCACCCAUGUUUAUGGAGAAAGUCUCACUGGAGCCAUCUCUAAUGUACAAUGUGACAGAAUUGAAUUCGGUGGACCAGGCUGGAGAAUGUGUAUCCACGUUUGGGUCAAGAGCAUAUUUGCAGCCAAUGGACACACGCCAGUACUUGUACUGCCUAAAGCCCAAAAAGGAAUUUGCAGAAAAAGCGGGCAUCAUCAAGGGAGUAACCGUAAUAGGAAAACUGGAUAUAGUGUGGAAAACCAAUCUAGGUGAGCGGGGAAGGCUACAGACCAGCCAGCUUCAAAGAAUGGCUCCAGGCUACGGGGAUGUGAGGUUGUCUUUGGAAGCAAUCCCAGAUACUGUCAACCUAGAAGAACCUUUUCACAUCACCUGUAAAAUAACAAACUGCAGCAGUGAAAGGACUAUGGAUCUGGUUUUGGACAUGUGCAAUACCAGUUCAAUCCACUGGUGUGGUAUUUCAGGAAGACAGCUGGGGAAGCUGCAUCCGAGCUCCUCCCUCUGCCUCGCCCUCACUCUGCUCUCCUCUGUACAGGGACUGCAGAGUGUCUCCGGCCUGAGACUAACAGAUACAUUCCUAAAGAGAACAUACGAAUACGAUGACAUUGCACAAGUCUGUGUGGUAUCUUCGGCCAUUAAAGUGGAAAGCUGAAGAACAUUUCCAGUGGUAGAUGUUUCCUUUGUUUCUGUGUUUUUGUUACCUUUGUAAAAUAAUGAGGUCAUCAGGCAGCGUAAGCAUAUAUCAUUUAAAUUUCUUUUGUGUAGGACAGUAUAUUAAAUAUCCGUUUUGAACAGA